UACGGUAGGAAGUGAUGUUAAUUUCUCUAAAUGGUUUUCAUUUUUGAUAAAUCGUCAUGGAGAAAUAUUGGAAGUGUUCUACCCUAGUGAUGAGGAUGAUGAAAUGGUGGUUGUCAAGAAAGGAAUGGCGGCCAUGUUUGCUGCUCGAUUACACCAUGAAGACGAGACCACUAUGGAAAAAACUGAUGAUGGUUGGCAGUACCAUGUACAGGAACUCGGGCAUGAAGGUCGUCACAAUUCAACCUACAAAGUUAAGCCUCAUUCUGAAGGAAAAGUUUUCACAAAAACACGACACGAUCAUCCCCUGGAACACGCACGAUCAAAAUAUACCAAGACUUUAUAUUUUAACACUGAUCUGGGAACUAUUCAUACAGUCGAUGUUGAUGAACAUUUCUCUGCAAUGAGACAGAAUGUGCCAGGGUACAAUGCCUUUGAAGGCCAGAGACCGAGCCAAGCAGUAAACGACUUCACUGAAACAGAAUAUCCGGAAAUGGCGGCGUUUGGUAAAGGAAAGCUUGAAUUUAUUUCUAAACAUCAACUAUCGUCAACACCGGACCGUAGUAAAAUAGAUGUGACGUCAGAUUCUAUUCAUAUAGAUAAGGUAAAACAACAUCCAAUCAGAAGUGAAACACCUAAAGUUAUUCUGGAACAAAUUAAAGGCAAUUUGACCAUUAUGAGAAAUCAACCGGAAAAGCAAGCUACUCAAGAGAUGACCAAUGGUUUCCAUCGACUUAUAACCUGUCUAGAAUUGCUGGAUGAUGACCAUUUUGAAAAUUUAACUGACCAUUAUCUGAACCUAAAUCCACUAUCAAUAAGAAAUGAGAAAGAUAGAAACCACAUGUUAGAUGCUAUAGCUGGUACUGGAUCAGAUAGAGCUCAGAAUGUUCUUAUUGAGAAAGUGUUGAAUAGUGAACAACCUGAUAAAGAUCUCGUCAUGAGGCUCAUGGUUCAUAUCAUAUCCAUGGAUGAGGUUCCUAAUAAGAAAUUUUUAUCAAAAUUAUUUCAACUUGGUUUUGAGCCUGAGAAAUCUCUGGAGAUUUUACAAGAAGGGGAAGUUUAUCAUCGUAUACUGCUAACGAUAGGUUCGGUUGUUCGUAAACUGAAUCAAGAAGGACGCCAUGAAGAAGCCAAAGAAGCCAUUUCAAAGAUUGAAAAUAUGCUGGGAUAUCAUGAUCCACAUGCCUUCCGUGUGAGAAGAUCUGUGUUGACAGAAGAAGAAAUAGAAAGAGAUGAUAUCUGGAGAGUCAAUCUACUCAGUGCCCUGGGUAACGCUAAAAUGGAACAAUCAUAUGAAUAUAUCGUAUCACACAUCAAUUCUACCAACUGUCAAUGGAUCAAACGAGCCGGUGUACAUGCUUUACGUGGCUAUCAUCAUGAUCAUGCGGCCAAUCUGAUGUUAAAGACAGCCAUGUAUGAUGAACACGAUACCGUGAGAUAUGAAGCUUUAUUACAAUAUCAGGCACAUCCCAGAGCUAAACAUAUUACACCUUAUAGGCCCAACAACAGGUCUUUCACUGGUAACGAUAGUUCUAUGUAUUUCAACCCCUGGGAUCUCAAUACACAAGAUGUGGCUGUUCAUUCCCGGCAUAGACGUGGCUUUUUGGACAAAGGUUUUGAAUUUGUACUGAAAUCUCCGAGCAUUGACUGGAAGAAAAUGUUGGGAUCGACAAAAAUAGGGGCUUCGUUUGGAAUCCUUGUGAAGAAUCUCCUAGAUUUAAAGAUUUCUGCAUUAAGUGGUCAUGCCAUCGUUGAUAUACAUGAUGAAGCCUAUGCCAGAGUACAUCUUGGUGUUGUUGGUAUAAAUCUCGACUUCUUUCUAGCUCGAGUUUGUUUUAAAGGAAAGGCUGAAUAUAAUAUUAAUCUGUUACAGGAAUUCGGUAUUGACAAUCUGAAACAAUUGGUUGAACUUUAUGAUAAAAUAAAGAAUGACGUCGUGAAGGAGAUUAAGAAGGGUAUUGAUCUGUUUAAAUCGAUCAUUAGAGGUGAUAUUACUAUUGGUCAAAUUAUUGACGAGUUCAAGGCAGCACUUGAAGAAUUACCAUUGAAGGUUUUAAAUCUGGGUAAAAAAGCCAUAGCAACAAUGAAAAAACUUGGAGAGAUUGAUGAGAAGGACUUACCUCCCUUUAUCCGGCCAUUACGUAACCUAGUAACCAAAGUUGUCACCCUGUACAACGAUAUCCGAAAAGAUGUCAUGGGCUUCUAUAACCAAUUAUUAGAGACUGUAACUAUAAUUGUACCACGAGCUGGUAAACAGAUUUAUACAUCUAUUAAAGCUAUCAUUGAAGCUUUUAAAGAUUUUAACAACGAUCCGAAAAAGGCUAUAGCUGGUAUCGGUGGUAACGUACUCAACAUUGGUAUGGAAGUUAAAAAUCUCAUCGAUGCGGUAAACAAAACUAAAGAUGCCUGUUUCUUCUUGAAAAAGGAGAAGCCAUAUUGGUUUGAUUUGAAAGGUGAAUUUGCGGAAAUUAAGGAGUUGACCAUCCAAACUAAAGCCUCCUUACUUAAAGGUGGUCAAACGUGGGUUGGUGAAAAAUUCAAGAAAGGACAGGAUCCUGUCGCUGCUUUUACGAAUGGACGAUUUAGCACGGCUGAGUUACGACAACAAGUAAUGGAUGAUUUAAAAUCGAUCAUUGAUGAUCUUCUAGAACCCUUUGAUUCUGUAAAAGCACUCGGGGAAUCCUUCUUUAACAGAUUCACAUCUAUAUUUAAACUCGUCACUGAUGUUAAAGACUCAUACAAUGCUCUUAAAGAAGGGUAUAGUACAGCCCGAUCACUAAUCGACCGUGUCUUUGGACCAAAAUGUCACCGAGAUUUCCCCAAGAAAUUCCGUACAAAAGGCGGCGGAUGUGACGGUUCCGGUUUUUAUCCCUCCGAGUUAAAGAAGGGGAAGGAAUACGAUGUAGAUGGCGUUGAUCUUCAAAUAUCACGAGGAUCAAAGAUUGUAGCACCGUUCCCAGGAUACAUCAUGUUAUCACCAACCAAUGAGAAUGAAGUUAUAAUACAGGCGACUGGUGGUUCAUUGAAAGAUACCAAGUUGAUAAUAACCAACAUAAAACCUAAUAGUACUAUAACUAGACAAGAUUCAUCGGAUUAUACACAAACACUGUUAGAAUUUUUAUUUAAUUCCUAG